UUGAUUUCUAUUUUGACAACGUUGGUGGUAAAAUGCUUGAGGCUGUUCUUAAUCAUGUUAACCAAGGAGCUUGUAUUUCACUUUGUGGGAUGAUAUCCGAGUACAACAAGGUUUGGACAGAGAGAGAAGGAGUUCGAAACCUAUUGAAUGUUGUGGGUAAAGAAGUUACAAUGCAAGGGUUUAUGGUUGGUUCCUACGUUAAUUAUUUUGAAGAUUUCAGAAAGGAGAUGGAAGUAUAUUUGAAAGAGGGCAAAGUAAAAUGCAAGCACAAAAUCUACAAUGGUAUUGAGAGCUUUUUGGAGAGUUUAACAUCUCUAUUUUCUAGUUCUAAUGUUGGGAAAGUAAUUCUUCAAGUGACUCCAUAAACUACUACCCAUGUCGCAUAUAAUCAGAGGUGGAUUCAGGAAUUUAACGUAAUGGGAGCAUCGAUAUUCUGCUCAAUUAAUGCCCGCUAAAAACUUUUAGUAUUAUUAAAGUAACCAUUUUCAAGGUAUAUGAAUAUACAUAUACAAGAUUUCUAUCAAAGUUUACGGGUGUCAGUAACCCCUCAAUGUUAUACAUAAGACCGCCUCCGUAUAUAUUCCCUACUUUCCAAUGGAAUAAACAAGCAAAAAUGCUAUAUAAAACACUAUGCUUAUUAACUAUUUUUGUCCUUUUUAUGAAAAUGUA